CACCACGAAAACACUUAACCUGGAAAGGCAACACUAGCAUGCCAACAUUGGAACCUUAGGGCCGUCGUUCUAAUGAACUAAUUGGGGGCCAAAUACGACAACAAAUCAUUUCUCCAUAACCAACUCGUAUAGUCCGCAGCAACGGCGUGCUCGCCUCCGAAUCCCGCUCCCGGUAACUUUCAGCCUUGUGCUUAUCACGAGCUAACGCGAACUAUAAAUUCCCGGCCCUUCCAUCUUUGUUGCGACAUUCUGUUCUUCCCAAUUCAACCAUCUGCAACUCAAUACCCGCAUACUACACACAACAUGGCGGACGUCGAAUUCAUUGGGCUCUCCACCAAGCCCGGAGCGAAGCUAAGCUAUACCUUCCAAACACCUGAAGCUAAAGCUACCACCACCACCUCAUCCACUCCACCCACGCUCAUCGUCUUCCUCAACGGCCUCGGCCUCCCCCAGACUUCCUGGCGGCCCGUGAUCACAGAGUUGACCACCCUCCGCCAAAGCAAAGGUCUCCCGGUUCCAUCCUUCCUCACCUACGACCGCUUCGGCCAGGACCAAACCACCGAUCGAGACCCCCAGGACGCCAUCGCCGAAGAUCCCUCGCAUGGCCAUGACUGCCUCUCCGCCGUGCACGACCUCCACCAACUUCUUGUCCAGCUGAUCCCGAUCAAACUGGGUCUCCCUUCCCCAGACCAAGAACCAGACUCGAUCCGCCUCAUCUUCGUUGCCAACUCCCUCGGCUGCGCCCUCGCGCGUCUCUACGCCGCCGAAUACCCCGGCACUGUCUCCGCUCUAAUUCUCCUCGACAGCAUCCUCGCCAAUUCCGACUUCGUCUCCGUCUUCCCAGACCCAGACGCCCCUGACUUCUCCCCAACUCAACACCUCCCCCAAGGCGUAGACAUCGACACCGAAACCCUCCGUACCGUCCGCGCCACAACAGCGCGUAUCCUCCACCCCAGCGUCCCGAACAAAGAAUCCAUCUCUCGCAAGAACCUUGCCACCCUCCUCCCCUUCGCCUCGGAGCCCAAACUCACCGGCCCUGCGUCCCAAGGCGGAUAUCCCUACGUCACGGUCCUUGGGCAUGACUUUGACGUGUUUGCCGCGGAGUCGACGAGGAUGGGCCUUCCUGAGGUGUUUUCGAAUAGCUUUCUGAAUCCGGCCUGGGAGAGGUAUAACCAGGGGUUGGUGGGGAUUACGGAGAGGGAGUAUGCGAGAGGGCCGGUUCGGGUGGCCGGGGCGGGACAUUUCAUUCAGAAGGAUCAGCCGGGGACCGUGGCGGGGGAGGUCGAGGGGGUUCUAGGGAGGUUGGAGGGGGUUUAG